GGCGAGAAGCGAUCAAUAAUUAACAAAUGUGGGAGCCAAAUUCUCAUUUUGAUGAAAACAAUUAACUAUACGAUUCCAAGAAAAGACAACUGGCCUUGGCACGUGAUUUAACUUGAGUAUUUCUUCGCAGUAUAAGAAAAGGACAUGGGCAAACAACGAAUUCGAGGCUAUUCCGGCAACAACAAUUCCAUGAAUGGCAUCUUGAGAACGACAAGGUCAAAAGAGGUUGUCCGUCUCAUUUUCGUCAGCACCAACAAAUCGUUCAUUUGGCGAGUGCACUUGGAAGACAGUGAAGGACGUUGGAAGAACGUGACAGGUCGCUGGCGUGUUUCUUCAUCUUCAUUAGUGUUCCAACGCUUGUUUAACUCGGUCAGAUAAAAACUUGGUCGUCGUUAAGUUUUAUAGUCGGAAUUGCUUAGACCAUUGCUUGCCUUUAUAUCCCAUUUUGGCAAAUAAAAUGAGCAAAAAAGUGCUGGAAACGGAGAGCUGUUACGAAAUGGAUUUCACGCAACGUUGCGGAGACAAAGUCGACGUCAGCAAAGACCAGAAAGUCUCUAUUAUGGUAAAGAAAGUGAAAGUUCCCGUUGGGGGUGAGAAUAAAGCCUUGAACUGCACCCACUGCAAAGUGACAUGUCAAUACCCUGGCAAUUCAAACAUUUCGACUGAGACUUCUUGCCCAUCUUUUGAGAUGGAAGACGUGGGGGCUGCCGCACUUUAUUCCGAUUUUGUCUCCGUAAGUUGGGCGUGCAAGGUGUGUCCCGGCCAUUGCCUUGGCGGAGUCCACCAAUACGAGGAUUUCAAAUGGUACUUUACCCAAGAAACGACGAAGUCGAUGGAGGACCAGCAGCUGGACGAGGAAGGGAUAACGAAGAACUGGAAAGAAAAAAUCGAAAAGGAAAUUGAAGCCCUCCGUCUCGACGUGCUGGAGAUGAAAGCGCUGGCUAAUAAUCCGCCCACCACCAGUCCCGAAAUCGUCCAGGAGAUGAUCACAACUGAGGAGGACAUCAACAAGAAACCUGCUGGUGAAGAUGAGAAAAUCGUCAAAAGUUUGUUUGAAACUACCAUUGAAAAUGGGGAAAAUGGCAAAUCGACAGAGCAAAUCCCGGAGAUUAAACCAUUGGAAUUCAAACUCGAAUUGGGAAACAUGAUGUGCUCGGGGUAUUACCGUGCAUUUUUCGGUGGUUCCUUCAAUGGGGAAAAAGUUGCCAUCAAACGAGUUCGAGCUGAUAGAACCAAAUUCCAUGAAAAUGAAGAAAAAAUACUUAAUAAAUUCAAUCAUCCCAACGUCAUUAAACUUUUGCAAAUCACGCAGGAUGCCAAUUAUCGAUUUUACAUCUUUGAACUGGCCGCUGGUACCGUCGAUGACUUUUGUUCACGCGAUUACAAAGGGAAAAUGCCAAGUGAUGACGAAGCUCUGAAGCAGAUGGCCGCAGGUUUGCUGUACAUUCACGGCAAGCGAUACGCCCACUCGAACAUCAGCCCUUACAGCGUUUUAAUUUCAUCUUCCGAGCCCGUCCGGUUGAUGAUUGCCAAAUUCGUCUCGUGUGAGCCAACGACUAACACGGGGACCUUUUCGAUUGAAUAUUUCAUGGGCGGUAGCGCUGAGGUGUGGAUGGCACCGGAACUUUAUGAUUAUUACGAUUAUUACGAUGGUUAUACCGACCAACAGCCAGUCAACUCCUUUAGCAUUGCCUGCGAUACGUGGUCACUUGGAUGCCUCUUUUUCUAUUUCCUAACGAGAGGAGUUCAUCCUUAUGGGGAUGACGAUGAAACCAUUACAUGGAAAGUUCUGAUGAAACAAAAACCUGUCAAACUUGAAGAAGCCAUGCAGGCAUCGAACCACGAAUUGAGUCCAGUUUACGAGUUGAUCCAUGAUAUGAUCGACCCACAACCGGAAAAAAGAAUUUCGCUUGAAUCUGUCGUUAAGCGACUAGAGACUGUGUUACCCCCAUCUGCAACAGCCUAAUUCUCCUACUUCCGCUCAAUAAUGGGAACUGUCCAUCAAAACAGAUGAAAAUGGACAAUUU